AUGGCUUCACCUGCACCACAGGCGCCCAUCACGAGCUUGCCCCCUCAGAUUAUCGUGCCAACAGCUGUGCCAGUGCUGUUGACAACCACCUCGCCUCGGGGAUCCUUCAUAGAAUCACUCCCGACAAGAACAGCGACCACUGUCAACCCAUCCAACAGCCCUCUGGUUCCGGGCAUACUCGCCAGCACAGAUUCCGGCUCAGGCAUCGUCGGUCCGGCAACAACCAUUACAUCUUCUCCGGAAGGGACGGCGAUAGCCCUUCCAGGUGCCGCGCAAGGUGGUGCCAUCUCAGACAAAUCACCACAGUUCCCCACCGCUCUCAUCGCAGGCGUGUCGGGCGGCGUCAUCGCUUUCAUCUUCAUUUUCGCCCUGCUGUGGAGGUGGUACCUCCGAAGACAAUCGGCAAGAAGGCAAGUGGACAGCAUGGCCGACGAGAAGGGACUGGUCCGCACGCACGACCACGAUCGCCGUUCAGGACCUUUCCAGCGUCCUGCCGAUCGCAUCAUGACCACCAAGAUAUGGACUGGCCCGAAGGCAUUCAAGUCAGACCAGACCCGGUUCUCCUGGGCCGCGACCGAGGUCUCGUUGGGCGAUGACCUCGAGCCCCUCACUCCCAAACCGGUGAUCCAGCAGACUGUGCACAGGGUUAGCGUGCCGCUUCCCGUCGAGGCCAGCAGUUUUCGGACCAGCUCGAAGGAAGGCAGCGUGCACAGCUCUGUCUCUCAGCCAAAAUCGUCGGUGCAGCAGGCAGUGGUGCGGGAGGUUGUUAUAAAACAAGUGGGAAGUGGCAGGCACAGCUCACCCACCCAGCUGCCAGUGACUGGUACGGACGACUCUUCACAGUCAAAAGAUGUUGCCAUUAAGCCGGAGGAGUUGAAAGUGGACCCUCAGCCGCAGGAGUUGGAGGGAAACCCUCAGCCGGAGGAGUUGGAAGGGGACCCUGUGCCGAGCCUGAGUGACUUCGACAUGGAGACAGCAACGCUGGAGAAGGAGGAAGAAGAGCCUGAAGGUCCGGGACUGAAGAGGCAGUACACGUUGACGUCUUCCCCGCUUCACCAGAACCCCUUCAGAGACCCGGUUGAAGAAGAAGAAGGAGGAGGGGAGGAAACUGAGAGUCCGAUGUUUGUCACAUUCGAGAUGGUCAACACAGAGACACCGUCACCAAAAGGCGCACCGGAGAGUGAGCCUGAUGUGCAAAGGGAUGAUGGGCAGGAACGUUCUUCGUCACCCGUACAUGUUCCACAGACCAUCACUUUGACAGCUGAAGACUUGAAGAGGGCCUCGACGGCGAAGACCAUCGCGGAAUGA